ACUAGUGUGUAACCUUUUUUGUCCGAAACUGGCUUUCUGACUCCGACAACUAUACUCAACCCUGCGAUCAAUCUCCACGCAGAGUUGUCGUUCAUUGCUCUCACAUAUAUAUAUAUAUAUAAUGUAAUGUAACCGUCAAGAGAUUGCCCUGCGAUUUGUUUACAAAACAUGGCGGACGAGGUGAUGGAUUUUUACACAUUUAUUCGGACAUAAGGAUUUUGAAUUGUGUGUCUUUGUCAGGAAUGGUAAAUUUGACUUGGUAAAAUGUCGCUUUUACCUAGCGGCUCCGUUGACAGUGGUCGCUUUGAAAUUACGUGCCCAACAUGUGAGUUUACUUCAUCGGUGCCGAAUGGAUCGCGGAGAACAAUUUGUCCGAAGUGCGGAGGAUUUUACAGGCGCGAAGACGCAGAAAGACCGGUUCCGAGACGCCUACAAAAACAAAAUGAGGAUGCUGGAUCAAGCCGAAUUAACUCAAUUGCAAACUUCUUCAACAAUCUGGCACCAAAUUCUAAAUCCAAGUCAAAGAAUGAACACCAGAAGGAAAUAAAGCAGCGAUCCGUGUCUGUGCAUAGCAGUGCUUCUGACAUGUCAUCUGGGAGAGAGUUACCUCCCAUUGAUAACAAAGGGAGACUAACGGUGCCAAAUGUGUCUUCAAGGGACAAGACUCCGUCUUAUGCCUCAUACUCGCGGACUUCGAGCAGAAAAAGUGACCGAAGUGAAAGAUGCGGUCGUACAUCUAGUCAGGAGCAGGAAAGGCGAGCUAGCUUGUUUAGUGAUGUAGAUCUUACGGGUGAAAGUACGGGUGCUGGCACCAGUAUUACUAAUCUGUCUCAGGCGGACAAAGUGAUUUAUCCUGUUAGAACAAAGACAAUUGAUCAGUUGAGGGAGGAUGUCCGAGCUGCACGUGAGACGGGCAACUGGAAAUGUGUUCAGGAGUUCUAUUCCACCACGUUUGACUCUUUCUUGGAAAUCAACGCUGCAUUCAAGCGAGACCCCCAUAAAGAGUACAAGACAGUGGAUGACCCAGGGCUUAAAUUUGACCUCAUCAGCGCAGUGUUUGACCUGAUUCUUGGGCUGCCCCAAGAUAUCCAGAAAUCGGUUUUAAAGGCGGUUAUUAACAGUCUUCUUAAGGACAAGAGAAACAAUGUCCAUUUGAACUGGCCUCACUCCAAAGAUGAUCUCCGAGCAUACCUGACCCUUCUGCAGAACCCCCAGUUUGGUAACAGCACCACGUACGUGAUCUUUGCCCACCUGUUGAGACAGAUAGCUGCUCUGAAUGACCAUGAACAUCAUUACCUCGUCUACUGGCUUAGAAAGUUGUCAAGCAACCGUGUGCAAGCGUUGUUAGAGCGACUCAACUCUUUCAUCUCCAUACGACUGUUCCCACCCAAGCCCCAGGACCUGCCCCCUAUGAACAAGUGCACCUGGUGGAUUCCCAGUGCUACCAAAGUCAUGGCGCUGCUUAAUGCUGCCAACAACCUGAGUAUGCCCCAGCUGGUGUCACACAUAGAGUUCUACAACAAUGCCCUAGAUAACCUGGACCUUAUGAAUGAGUACACCGCCUGGCAGGAUCCAAACUCACAGGGCGGGUUUUCAUUCUGCCAGUACCCAUUUAUUCUGAGCAUCACUGCGAAGCGUACUAUACUGCAGCGCGACUCAGAACAACAGAUGAUCCUGAUGGCUCGACGUAGCCUGGUUGCUAAGGUUCAGCGUCGCCAGCUGCCAGACGUAGGCAUGUUGUUCUUUAAUCUCACAGUACGCAGGGAGCACCUUGUCUCAGACUCUCUCAAUGAGAUCUCCAAGAAGCAUCAUGACCUGAAGAAGAAGUUGAAGGUGACGUUUGCGGGUGAGCCCGGCCUAGACAUGGGCGGUCUUACUAAGGAGUGGUUCCUGCUGCUCAUCAAGAAAAUAUUCCACGAAAACUAUGGCAUGUUCAAGUACAACAAGACAGUUGGCAGCUACUGGUUCUCCACGGAUCCAAGGGAAGACUACCAGGAGUUCCAUCUGGUCGGCGUCCUCAUGGGUCUGGCCGUGUACAACAGUAUUAUACUGGACCUGAGGUUUCCACCUUGCUGUUACAAGAAGUUACUCAGCCCGCCUGUGGUACCUUUCAACAACCCUCGUGUGCCCGUGGGGGUCUUACCGCUCGCCCUGAGGGACCUGAAAACUGUCCAACCGGAGGUUGCCAAGGGUUUGCAAGAUCUGCUGGACUAUACUGGCAAUGUUGAGGACGAUUUGUGUCUAUCUUUUCAGAUAUCUCAAGACAAUUUCGGCCAUGUAACAGCCUGUGAUUUAAAGCCAGGUGGUGACAAAAUACCAGUAACCAAUGAAAACAGACAAGAAUAUGUUGACCUAUAUGUAGACUGGGUACUGAACAAGGCUGUCUUCAAUCAGUUCAAGGCAUUUUACCACGGCUUUCACACAGUGUGCGCAUCUAAUGCCCUUAUUAUGUUGCGUCCAGAAGAGAUAGACAUGUUAGUGUGCGGGAAUCCUCGAUUAGACAUGCAGGAACUUAGAAAAGUCACUGUCUAUGACGGAUACAGUGCUAGCAGCCCACUUAUCAAGAGUUUCUGGGACAUAGUCCUGAGUUGGACGCCCCAGCUGCAGAAGUCCCUGCUCAUGUUUGCCACGGGUAGCGAUAGAGUGCCCAUAGGCGGCAUGGCGGAAAUGCUGUUCAAAAUAUCACGCAUGCAGGAUGCAUCCUUAUUGCCCACAUCUCACACAUGUUUCAACCAGCUAGUGUUGCCUGAAUACAGCAGUAAGAAGAUUCUCCGGCACAAACUCUUACUGGCCAUACAGAACGCAGAGGGAUUCGGGCUCGAGUAGUUGCUAGGCGAUCUACUGAUCAAGUCGGCUGUUGGCAUUUAUGGGCUGCUUAAAUAUGUUGAGUGUUGUAACUGUUGUACAUGUAUAUGCUUUACAUUUCUAUAUGAGAUACAACAGUUGCACACAUGAUGACUGAUGUAGAGAAAUCAUAUUGUUUGUUCGUUUGUUUUGUUAGAUUUUUCGCCGUCUCCAGUAUUUCAGUCAUAUCAUGGCAGUCAGUUACCAACUUUAUUGGGAUAGGUGGGUUACUAGUCCUAUAAGCACACACUUAUGCCAGUAACUGACAAUUGUACUUUUUUUAAAAGACGUAGGCCACGGGAAAAUGGCCGUAGAUUUCAUGACCAAUGCCUGCGUGCGAUCCUUGGAUUAUUAUACUUAAUCCUGUACAAUUCAGCUACCCGGUCCAAAAGUCAUGUAGUGUUGAUACACAAAAUACCAAAACAUGCUGCUCGAUAAAGUUCGUUGAAAACUGAAACAUUGGGACGACCCUUUGAAGUUGGUAUAACCUAAAAUUGCAUUUACCUGGUAUUCAAUAAGUGUUGAGAUUCUUUGGUUACUAUUCAAUGCAAUAUAAUGCAUACUGUAUACUAUACUGCAUGCAUCAGCCAUUAUUUAUGGUGUGAGAUGAACAUGUCUGUGUCAUCUGUAAUUUAAAAAUGUCGAAAAAUCAAUUAUAAAAUAAAGAUCAGUCAAAAUAAAAAUGCUUAUGAAUUAUUCUAUAAUUUAACAACAUGAGCAUUACAAAUGUAAGUUAAUUUUGAACAUGCAUUUUGGUUCAUUUUGUGUGUUAGGCAAUUUGAUCUACCAGUUCUUUCUGUAUUGUUUGCCUGUAAAUAAAGAUAAAUGUAUAACAAGUCAUAGCCAGAUUACAGUGAUGACUUAAAUUAUACUUGUUCUGUUAUUGACAGUUUAAUUAACCCUUUAAGUGCUGGAACCGUAUUUUAAAGGCCUUUGCAAACAGUUUGGAUCCUGAUGAGACGCCACAGAACGUGGCGUCUCAUCAGGAUUCAAACUGUUUGCUAUUCUGAUAGUAUUCUUUGAAAAAAAUGCUAAUUUAAGAAAUUAUGCAGACAACAUUUUAGCAGACGACAAUUUUCCCAGCAUGCAAAGGGUUAAUAUCUGUAUUGUGAUUUCAGGAUAGAAAAAUCGUAUUUAUUGAUAUAGAAAGACUUUUUUUAUUAAAAUUAUUUUGUCAUAUUUGUAUUUAAAAAGGGUAGAUUGUGUAUAUAAAGAGUGUGAUUUUAGUGAAAUGUGCAGAAGUGAGCAUUUACCAAUGUUCAGUCACUGUUAGUUUAACCCAUUUAUGCCUAGCGUCUAGAAAAAAGGCCUUGGCAAACAGCGUAGACCCAGAUGAGACGCCGCACGAUGCGGCGUCUCAUCUGGGUCUGCGCUGUUUGCUUAAAGGAAUUUCCGUAAGAUAUAUUCUAAAUAUAGAAAUAAAUAUACUAGACAUCCCUAAUUUUGGAAAUAAAUUGAUCCAAUUUAGAAGGAUGGGAGAGUCCACUAGGCAUAAAUGGGUGAAGUGCUCAUAUUUUCAGUAUUAUCUUGGGAUGGGAACGAAUACUGAAAUGAUGUUUAAAUAUCCGUAUAAUCAAUCUUCUUAUGUAUUUGGAUGUUUGUUUUUAAACCUUAUAAUAUUCAAAUAUCUGAAUUUACAAACAUCUGCAACAAAUCUCACAUGCAUCGUUGCAAAAGGGUAUAGAGUAACCUGUCAAUUAUCUUGGACAAAAGAUUAAACAGGGUGUAUUAUAAACCUUGAAAACUGACAGAAAAAACACUUAAUACAUUCAUCCAAGAAUCCUUGCAACGUUUAUUUGCAUAAAAAUUGAAUAUGCAAAUGGGAUUGUCAGAUUAAAAUAUUAGGCCAUUUUUAUGCCCUCGAAGGAGGGCAUAUAGUGAUAGGACCGUCCGUCCGUCUGUCUUUCUGUCACACUUUGCGUGUAGGUUUCGAAAAAAAUGCUCAUAACUUCUAUGUCCCUUCAGAUGUAACCUUCAUGAUUGGUAUGCUUGUGUAUAUGGACAAGGCCUUUCCAUACACACAAACAUUUUGACCCCUUUGACCUUGAACUUAGGGUACGCGUUAAGGUUUCGAAAUCUGCGUUUAGGUUUCGAAAAAGCGUUUUUCGGGGGCAUAUGUCUUCCGAUGGAGACAGCGCCCAGCAUAUGUCUUCCGAUGGAGACAGCUCUUGUUAUGCUCCCCCAAUAUUUAUUUUGGGGGGAGCAAAUAGUCGCCGCUUCGUCUGUCAGUGCGUGUGUGUGCGUCUGUCUGUCCGUCCGUGCACAAUUUUUGUCUGGGCUAUGUCUCAGCAACUAAUGACCGGAAUUCAAUGAGACUUUAUGGGAAGCUUUACUACCAAGAGGAGAUGUGCAUAUUAUCAGCGGGUUCUGGUCAGAUGAUUUUUCACAGAGUUAUGGCCCUUUGAAAUUUUCCAUGAAAAAAUUAUUGUCCCCCCAACUACUGUGCCGUCAAGACGUUUCCUUUUAUUGGAAUAUAUAGCGCAAUAUUGUGACAAAAAAACCUUUGGGGAGCAUCACCCGUCUCUGACGGUUUCUUGUGUUUAUUUUAAUAUUUGUUCCCAUCCCUAGUAUUUUCAAUUUAGGCUUUCAAUUUUUGUUAUGUCAUAGAUGUGCCAUAAACUCAUAGAUCUGAUUUUGAUAACUGGUACAUAUAACAUCCACUUUUAAUUGAAGUAUAUAAUUGAUAACUAAAAAGAACAAGAAAUAAAUAUUGAUCAUGUGUACUUUGUGUUGAGAGCAGUUUUCUUUUUGUAUCAAAACUUAACUUAAUUGGAGUAUUGUUUAUACUCCAUCUUGUGUAUAUGUGCAAAAUGUUAUUUUUCUUUAUAUCACCAUUGUUGCAAAAUUAUGUGACCUUGAACUUGUACACUUAGAAGCUUCUAGUCUUUUUAUGUGAUCGAUGUGAAGAAGUAAACAAGUUUUGAGAUUAAUUUUACUAAAACGCUAUUUUUGCACCAACUUUAAAUGAGCAAUUGCGGGAAUAUUUGUUAUCUUCAAUGACUUUUCUAGUUGUGUGUGUAGUAGAUAUUGACCUCACAGCAUGCUCAUCUUAACAAACAUAUCAGUUAUACAUGAUAUCAUCUUGGAUGUUUUUAUGCAGUAGUUCAAAGAAUAAAUAAAUCAGAAUCUGAAUUAAUGUUCAUUGUGGCGUAUAAAUCUAUGUGCAUACCGGUAGGAUGCUUAGAAAUUUGUGGCUUGUUUUGUGUUUGGUUUCAUUUAAACUGAAACUUAUUUGUUUAAAUGGUUUCAAGCAAACUUAAACAUUUUAGGAUGUCAGCAAUCAUUUAAUAUACAAAGGAGUACACAUGUUUUUGAACUUUGAAUUAAAAUGGUUUUCUGACUUGUAUACAUGUUGAAUACAUGUAACAAUAUCCUGAGAACAAAAUAUUAUUGCUGUGUGAAUCCCCUGAAAUGUUAUUUAUAAAUGACAAAAUACAGAUAACUUGAUUAGAGUGUCUUUUUUAUAUUAUUUUUGUAUUCUUAUUUUUAUUCUUUGUUUUCCGAUGCAUUUGCUCAUGAUACACAUAUCAUUCUAUCAUUUGUCCAGGUCAUUAUAUUUCUUACACUGUGUAAGUUAUCUACUUGGAACUUCAUAGCCAGAAUGAUCUGAGCGAGGAUAGGUGCAGUGCGCAUUAUUGUGCAUCCUAAACUUUUUGGAGCUAUUGUCCACUGUUUGUUUUCUUAAUUUAAAUUCGGAGCAUUCUAAAUCUUCCUAUGUGCAUAAUGGGCAUUGGGAUACAAAAGACCACAUUUUUGCUAUCAGAAAGCCUUGGAAACAUCUGUCUCACAGCUCUAGAAUUUCACGAGACAUAUUAACAAAUUUAUCACGUUGGGUUUACAUUAAAAAAAUCAUGACUGCACUUGUGUUCGAAAACAUCACUUGAAAUUGACAAGUAUUCAUUUUUUUCAUAUUUGCUAGUUCUCUGGUGAUCACUGUAAACAGUUUUUCCAUUAUUUAGACAUACAUUUUGUCAUGCACAUUUUGCCAUUUUGUGUUGUUUUUUAUUUUGAAGCUGGACUUCAGAAAAACAUUCUUAUUUAGUUAGUUACAUCAAAUUUGUGUCUUAUUACUGUAUUAUUUUCCUUCUGUUGUCUAUGUUUUGAUGGUAUCAGUGUUUUACAUUUCCAGAGAAAAAAAAAAUCUUCAUGCAGUCUUGUGGUUAAAAGCUUUUCAUGUGGGUACAUUAAUGUAUUUUCUUGAGUUUUAGUGCUGAAAAGAUUUUACCUUGCAAAGCUGCUUUUCUCAUCACUUUGAUAAUUAAUUAUUGUUUACUUUAAAAAAAAAGUUAUAAAAAACAUUUGACUAGAUUGUAUUCAAAUAUACUGGAUGUUUUAAUGAUCUUUUUUGGGGAAAAAAUUAAUACAUUUGUAAAUUAUGGGGAAAAAAAUCCAUAUAUAAAGUUGAUUGGAUCUAAAUGUUUAUCUUGCAAGGCAAUUUUGUGCCAUUUCUUCAUUUGACUUAAAAUAUUGAGUAAUAGGAGAACAUUAUUUCAGUUGAUUAAUUAUCAAGAUUUCUGUUUACUUGGGUAUUUGUUUUGGGAAAAUGUCAAAUAUUCUUACCCAUAGGUAGACAAGAAAAAGACAAUGCGCCUUUUCGAUUUUCGAAUACCUUUGUUAGUUAGUCACUAUAAUGUGACUUUGACAUUCAAAAGAAGACAAUAAAUUAUUAUUUGAAACACCACUUACUAACAUAUGGACCACAGGUAUCCUCAGGCAAAUCACUGGUUCCUAACCUGUAGGCUCUGGGGUAUGAUCUGUAUUUGUUUGUAUUAGUAUGAUUUUUUUGCCAGUAAUAUUGUGUUGUUUCAAUGACCAUGUUUUAUUUUUAUCUUUAACUCAAAUUAACUAAAUUGCUAUCAUAUUCUUAUCAUUUAGUAUAUUCAGUUUUUAUUCUCAUUGUCAAUAUCAUUACGGGUAUGUACUGAUACUUUAAGAUUUCUGGUACAAGCAACAUUUUUGUGGAAGUUAACAUAUUAAAUGGUUUAACUGGUUCUUGCAACUUUUAUGUGAGAUUUUUGAAGAUGUCUAUGUUGAUAUAUAUUUUUUUUACCUUAAAAUAAAUCCUGAUCGGUAUAGAAUGUUAUGUUAUGUUACCAAACUUGUUUUAAAGGUACACAUUAACAGUUGUUUAUUUUAAACAAAUUCAUUAACCCAUUUAUGCCUAGCGUCUAGAAAAAAGGCCUUGACAAACAGCGUAGACACAGAUGAGACGCUGCAUGAUGUGGCUUCUCAUCAGGGUCUGCGCUGUUUGCUUAAAGGAAUUUCUGUAAGAAAUAUUCUAAAUAUAAAAAUAAAUAUACUAGACAUCUCUAAUUUGGAAAUUAAUUGAUCCAAUUUAGAAGGAUGGGAGAGUCCACUAGGCAUAAAUGGGUUAAAAUAUAUAUAUUUAUGCUUGGUGUUAAGAUGUUUGAUAAAAGUGCAUACAUACUUUCCAUUUGAAUAAUGUCAGUCUGUGAUAUCUGUUAUAUUUAUAAUGAAUGUUAUAUUUUUGUGUAUUUUGCAUGUUUGUUGCGUAAAUUUAGUGGAUCAUCUAAUGUUUUUGUAUUGUCUUAUUGUGUAGCGAUAACUCACCUUCAAGCAAAGCAUUUACUUGGUGAGCUUUUGUGAUCACCUCUUGUCUCUCUCAUGCAUCCCAACUUUGAACACUUAAGAGGCCACAUUUUUAGUCCAUUAUUCCCAAAACUUGGUCGGAAUAUUUGUGUGGGUCCAAUUUUCCUUAUUCAUGUAUGGCCCAUAAAAAAGCUCAUGAACACUCUAGAUAUACCUAUUUUUUUUCUUAUCAAUAUAAAAUUUGCUCAGACUUGUCUUUUCUUAACAUGUAUGAGAUGAGAUCUCAAUUACAUCUUCUCCAUUGAAGAACGUGGCAGCCAUAGAGCUGGGCAAUUUUCCUUGUAUAUUAAAAACUAUAGAAGAUUGUGAACAUUUGGCCACCAUGUCAUAUUGUUCUCACAAUUCUAAUAACCUGUAUUCAGGUGAGCGUCCUAUGAUCAUCAAGUUUUCUGGAAACAAACCUGUCCUAACAAAAAAUUAUUACUUUGUUUCUUAAUUUAAUCUGAAAAUUGAGCAUUGACUUACAAGGGAGUCUAAACAGGGGUUUCUUAAAUUAAAGUCUUUCCAAAUAUUUUUCAUUGUAUUAAAGUAUAAGUUUAUUGUAUUAUUACAAUGAGUGCAUACACUUAUAAUUAAGGGAUUUACUAUACUAAAUUUAACCCGUUAGGCAUGUUAUGUAUACUAUUUUAUAUAUGUUUAAAGGUUUGUCCAUAAAGUAAGUAAAAGGCUUAUUUUAUUCCAUCUGUAUUUUUAACUACUGCCUAAAUUCUAGACUGUCAACAUUCCAUAAACUCAACAUUGUAAAUCUUGUAUUCAAAUGCUGAAACUGACAGUUGGUAUUGUUGUUUGGUAGAUGUAGCUGUAUUCUUGAGUUGUAAAAUUUGAAAUUAA